AUGAACAUCAUGGAUGAGGACAUUGCAGUGGUUGGGAUUGGAUGCAAUUUCCCAGGAGGUGAGGGUCUUGACAACUUCUGGCGGGUUCUAGUCGAGGGAAAGAACUGUUCUGUGGAGAUUCCAGGUGAGCGAUUUAACUGCUCGUCCUGGUAUGAUCCUGACGUCAGCAGACCUGGAAAGACACAGACUACCAAGGCUGCUCUUAUAGAUGGAUUUAAUGAGUUGGACCACAAGUUCUUUGGCAUCACGGAGGCAGAAGCAGACUUUAUGGACCCCCAGCAAAAGCUGCUAUUACAGUGCUCCUACAGAGCCCUAGAGGAUGCUGGGAUACCCAUGGAGAAGAUCAGCGGGAGCAGGACAGGAGUUUACAUAGGCCUCAUGAACAGGGACUUUGAGACUCUCCUUAACAAUAGCCCGAGCACAAUAACCCACUAUAAUGGCACUGGGACAUCUAUGAGUGUGGCUGCCAACAGGAUCUCCUACACCUUUAAUCUUACUGGGCCUUCAUUUGCUAUUGAUAGCGCUUGUUCCUCAUCUUUAGUAGCCCUUCACUCUGCCUGCCAGGCCAUCAGACAAGGUGAUUGUGAGAUGGCUCUUUGUGGAGGUGUGAGCUGCAUUCUUGAACCAAGAGUCUUUGUGGCUCUUAGCAAAGCCAAGAUGAUCUCACCUGAUGGCACCAGCAAACCUUUCUCCAGCAGAGCAGAUGGCUAUGGCAGAGGGGAAGGCUGUGGAGUUGUCCUGCUGAAACCUUUGAAGAAGGCUCUUGAAAGCCACCAUCAUAUAUGGGGCAUAAUCAGCAAAACAUCAGUAAACCAAGAUGGCCGCACCGUCACCCCAAUCACCAAGCCGUCGAUGGUUCAGCAGAAGGAGCUUCUCAGCAGAAUCUACUCUACAGAGAGAGACCUGACCAGUGUCCAGUACAUAGAGGCUCAUGGGACUGGAACCCCAGUAGGAGACCCCAUAGAGGCAGAGAGCAUCUCUAAUGUCAUCGCCCAAGCUAGGCCUCAAGGAUCAGAGACAAUCGUUGGCUCUGUGAAAGGUAACAUAGGGCACACUGAAUCAGCCGCUGGUGUAGCAGGACUCAUCAAGGUUCUUCUAAUGAUGAAACACCAAACCAUUGUCCCCUCAUUGUUUUACUCAGAGCAAAGUUCAAGCAUUGAUGCAAAAGCUUUAAAUAUAAAGAUUCCUACCAAAGCAGAGAAAUGGCAGCAGACAAAUCCUGAUGGUAGAGUGGCUGGCAUCAAUAACUUUGGCUUUGGGGGCACCAAUGCUCACGCUGUCAUAAGGGAACACAUAGACACACCUAAUUCAGUUCCUGUCAGGUCUGAGAAAAGGAAAUUGUUCAUACUUUCAGCAAUGACAGAGAAGUCCCUCAAGAUGUGUAUUUCCGACACUCACCGAAGGCUAUGCACAGAUGAACCAGUAGAUCUCCAAUCUAUAGCUUACACAUCAGCAUGUAGGAGAAGCCACUUAAAGCAAAAAUACAGGAAAGCAUUUCUGUCAUCUUCGGUGGCAGAAUUACAAAAUCAGCUAAAGAUGGCUCUUGACAAAAAGAUCUCCCCAUCCAAGCCAGGCUUGAAGUUGGUGUUUGUGUUCUGUGGCAAUGGAGUCACUUAUAGAGGUAUGUGUAAACAGCUGCUCAAAGAAGAGCCUGUAUUUAGAGCAAAAGUAAGGGAAGUGGAAAACCUCUUCCAGAAUCAUAGGAGCAUGUGCAUUUCCCAGAAGAUAGUGAGUGAUUAUGACAAUGAUGACAAUUCCAAACCAGAGGUCGUUCAGCCCUUGCUGUUCACCAUUCAGGUGGCACUUGCAAACCUUCUGAAACAUUGGGGCCUCAGACCAGAUGCUGUUCUGGGGCAUUCUAUUGGAGAAGUUGCUGCUGCACACUGUUCUGGGCUGUUAUCUCUCGCAGACGCAGUUAAGGUGAUCUACCACCGAAGUACUCUGCAGGGAAUUGUCACUGGGGGGAAAAUGCUUGUGGUUAGAAAUGUAGCUGUUGCAGACAUUUUAGAAAUUCUAUCUUUUUACACAGGGAAGGUUUGUCUGGCAGCUUUAAACAGUCCUGUGUCAUGUGUAUUAUCAGGUCAUGAAGAUGCCAUAGACAGUCUGCACCAAAAGCUGAAAACUUUAGUUAUGACCAAAAACCUUUUUCUCCAUGUUUUGGAUGUUCCCGCAGCUUAUCACAGUCAUAUGAUGGAUCCUAUUUUAAGUCAGAUCAAAGAAAGAAUAGGAGUCCUACAGGCAAAUGAAAAGGAGUGUGAACUUUACUCAACAGUGACAGGGAAGCCAAUGUCUGCAGGGGACUUCAUCACAGGUGAAUACUGGGCACAGAACAUCCGUGAGCCAGUUGCAUUUCAAAAGGCAAUAAAUUCAGCGGCCAAAGACAAAACUAAUGUGGUCUUCAUAGAGAUAAGCCCAAGAAAGGCUUUGCAGAGAAACAUUAUGGAGGUGCUAGGGAAUGAUAUCACUGUUAUGUCUUCAGUGCAGCCAGACAGAGAGCACGAGACCCUUGUUAGUACUAUGGCUAGACUUUUUGAGCUGGGGUUCCAAAUUGACUGGGACAAUGUAUACAGAGGUCUUGAGAGCCAGCCAAUGUCCCUUCCUAGGUACCAGUUUGACUGCCUUAAAAAAGAGGUUUACUUUGAGACUGUGAGACAUGGGCAUGCCAUUUUACCAUAUCCUGUGCAUCCCUUACUAUCACAGAUGAAGGAUAACAACAAACAGUAUGCGUGUAACCUCUCAUCUGAUGUUGUACCCUACUUUUGGGAACAUAAAAACAAUGGAGUGGUGAUUGCCCCUGGUUCUCUUUAUGUGGAACUAGCUUCUGAAGCUGCUAUGCAGUUCAUCAAGCCAAAGAAACCUCUGUGUUCACUAAAGCUUAGUGUCACUUUCCAGAGCUUGUUUGUGCUCAGCAAGGACCCCAAUCAAUUGAGGGUACUUCUUGAGCCAUCUGAAGGCAAGACCACAUUUGAAAUAUGGUCUUCAUCCACUAUGCAUGCAUCUGGCACCAUUAUCUAUGGAAAAGGUCCAGCAGUUAUAGAGGAGGAAGUCAUCAACUGUGAUAUUGUCUCAAAAAGGUGCCCAAUAAUUAUUACCAAAGAGGAGGUUUACUCACAUCUCUCAUUGGCUGGAUUUGAAUAUGGGCCUACAUUCAGACAACUGGGUGAGGUUUGCUAUGGAAGAGAAUUCAGGGAAGCCCUGACAAGCAUCACUGUUCCAGAUGAAUUGCUGAGCCAACUGUACGAGUACAGGCUGCACCCGGUGGUGCUGGACUGGUUCUUACAGAUGGCAUCUGUGGUGGUUCAAGAUGGAACUUGUGUAAGACCUUGUUUCCCCUCAGCUAUCAAAAGUGUGGUGAUCUCCAGACCAUUGCAGAGGGUGAUGACCAUGUAUCUGAGGGUGACUCGAGAGACAAAUGAAUUUUACGAAGUGUGUGGCUGCUUUAUAGAUCUAUCGGGUCGUGUGCUGGUUGAACUAAAAUGUUUGAGAAUCACAUUUGUGCAAGGAAGCCCUCAGGUUGUUGAAUUCUUUCAUAAUGAGUAUCGAGCCUUAACAGAUGGCAUGAACACUGUCAACAGACCUAAAGCUUUAGUAUUUGAGGACACACUAGGAGUGGCCAAAGCUCUGAAGCCUUAUUUAAACCCACAAUCUACUUUUGUUUCCCUCUCCAAAUCAGCCUCUUCAGUGCCUGCUUGGCUCACCCAGUGCCUUGAGACUAAAGCUGGUGUGGAAUUUACAGAGGUGCUGUUCAUGUGGGGCAUUCAAAACCUGAGCCAAAUGAAAAUUGAGACUAUUUUGGACAGUUUAGUCAAAUGUUGUGAACUCUACCGACAAAUUGUGCUUGCUUUGAGGAAGUAUAGUACCUCAUAUGUCAUACGUGUGAUCACCUACAGAUCAUCUGGUCUUAUUGUUGAUCAUGUCAGCCCUGGCUUUGUUUUAUCAGGUAUGACAAGAGCCCUAGCAGCAGAGAUGUCGGGCUUCUCUUUUCAAUUAAUUGACCUUGCGUCUGUGUCAAAUGAAGACAUACAGGAGUUAGCCCACAUCAUUAGCUGCUCUCAGAGCAACCAGUACCCCGAGAUCUUGAUAAGCAAAGGUCAUACUCAUUUAGCUACGAUAACAAGAAGUCCAUAUCAUGAUUCUAGACAUUCAGAGACAUGUAUCCAUUCUUUGACAUCUCAAAGAUUUACUCUUCAGACUACAGAUCCCUACAUGAUGGCCAAACUGUCAGCUGUUACAGUUAGUUUUGAUGAAACCCCAAUUCUGGAUAAAACUGUGGAAGUUAAGCUUGAUAAAAUAUGUGUCCAUUCAUCUGACUUCUUUCCAGUUAGUGUAUCUGACUUUCAGUUUGGCCAGACACUAUACUGGUCCAAACACUCCACUCAGAACCACAAGCUCCUGGCUCUUGACUUCAGUGGCACUGUCACAGAUGUGGGGAAAGGUGUGAGCAAACUGAAGGUGGGUGAUCACAUUGCAUCCUGUUACCCUGUUGUUGCCUCCUCUAAGGUUAUACUUCCUGAGGUGGUAUGCUACAACACUGCAAAGCUCCCAUUUCUAAGAGAUGUCCCAUGUGUCUCAUACCUCGUACUCGCAAGGGAAAUCUUUGACCACAUAUUACCCAAAGACACAAAGAAAUUGCCUGUGACAAUUCUUUCCUGUGUUCCCAGAACUUUGGCCAAGUUGCUGGUUGAGAUAGGAAAGACUAAAGGAUGGAGUUUGAAUAUUCAGACUCAUAUUAAUGACCAAAAUGCUGACUAUGCUGUCAUUCUGCUGUUGCCUCCUUAUGACCAUUCUAUGUUGGUGAGUGCAAGCGGAAUAUCUUCAGUGAAGCACAUUGUAGUUGUCUGUAAAGAGGAACUGACUUCCCACUCACACCUCAUUCAACAAAAGAAUCAAAAUGUGUCUGUCCAUGUUCUGAAAACGUCCAGUGUUCUCCAGAAAGCCAACCUUCAAAGACAGGGUGAACAUCUGGAUCACUGGCUACAUGGGGUGACUUGUGGUAAGAUUUGUAUGCCCAUACAAGAGAAUACCGUUCAGAGAGAAGUCUUUUCUGAGAUGAUAACAUCCAGCACACAAAAUCACUCGUAUUUUAAUGUGGAGAACAUCUCUUUGAUUGUGUGCACCAAGACUGGUUCUCUUCACACAGAAACAAAUGUCCCCUUGCUCCCACAAGCCAAGGAACUCUUCCAGAAGAACAGUGUGUACAUUGUAUCUGGGGGCUUAUCUGGAUUGGGGCUGGAGACCCUGAAGUUCAUUGCUCACAGAGGUGGAGGCUACAUUGUUUCCCUCUCCAGGAGUCUGCCCUCAGCAGAGAUUCAACACAAAGUUAGUGCACUCCAAAGGCAGUAUGGUGCGUUGGUGAUGACUCUGAAGUGUGAUGUCUCAUCCGUCACAGAUGUAGUGAGAGCCUUCACAGCCAUUGGCCAGAGGUUUCCCUCUUGUCCAAUCAGAGGCGUGUUCCACAGUGCAGCUGUACUGCAUGAUGGGCUGAUCGAGACCCUUGAUAGCUCACACUUCAGAAAAGUGCUGAGACCAAAAGUGAGUGGAGCUUUAAACCUGCACUAUGCAACAUUACACAGCAAACUAGAUUACUUUGUUUGCUAUUCCUCUAUCUCCUCUUUCUUGGGAAAUGCCUCUCAAACAAAUUAUGCUGCCGCCAAUUCUUUUCUGGAUACCUUUUGUCAUUAUCGCCACAACCUUGGACUUGUUGGGCAGUCCAUCAACUGGGGACCUCUUAAUUUGGGCCUGCUGCUGAACAAAGUCAAUUUUCAAAGGUUCUUAGAGGCGAAAGGAUUGACGGUCAUGGAGAUCUCUGAGGUACACGAGUCCUUGGAGAGAUGCUUGUUGACAAACAACACGCAACAGGUUGUUUGCAAGUUUAAUUUCAGAAACCUACAAAACCAUGUCCUUUCUCAAAACGCAUCUCUCAGGGUACGACUAUCACCACUGGUACAACAGGAGCUCAAGGGGGAGGGGACAGAGCCAAUGGUACAAUCUGUGAACUCUGUGGAGGAUUAUGUGAAACGGUUGCUUUGUGACCUGAGUAAUGCUGACAUUGACGAGUUGAGGGAGAGCAGCACACUUACUUCUUUAGGCAUUGAUUCAAUGUCUGCCAUGACUAUGCAGAACUGCAUAUUUCAAGACUGUGGUGUAAAUGUGCCAUUGGUAAAGAUACUGGAUCCAAAUAGCACUAUGUCCAGCCUAGUUCUAAUCCUGAAACAGAGUAAUGAUGUAGAUAUUGAAAUCCAAUCUGUAGGGUGA